AUGAAGAGAUUGCCAUACAAAGUGGAGGAUGUUGUGUUGGGGAAUCAAAAGAAAUUGGCGGAGGCUGAGGAUGUUGUGAACAAGAGGAAAGAAGAGGAGACCAAGCCAAGUGUCAAACCCAAUGAUUUGACUCCAAACGAAGUAAAGCGCUGUACAGGGUUUGACAAUUUACCCAAGCUGCUUGCCUAUGCCAUGGUGAUUUGUGAUGGUAGUUUGGAUCGUCUCUUUGCGACAUCGUCCAAACUCACUUGGGUUGACGAGUGGUUGUUCUAUUUCGAGUUCAAGUAUGGUCGGACUGCUGUAAGAAUGCAAGACUUUGAGAAAGCAUACAGGAGCUCAGAAUACCCCCUUCAAAAAGUCCUGAAGCAAAAGUUAUCUCUUGAGAAUGGAACACGCAAUCGGUGGCCUAUGUAUGCUACCUACGAAGAAGAUGCAAAGUUUUGUGGCGAACAAUGGGAUUUCUACUUUGAUCGGCAAAGUGGGGAGAAAAUUGUUACGCAUGAUGCAACUGGAAUUCCUCUGCCAUGUCCUUCAAAUGCAGAGCUUCAACGAGCACUUUUCAGUGACUACUAUGGUACUACAUGUGCCAAGGCAGGAGUCAGCAACCAACUUUGUGGUUGGAUGCGAGGAAUGCCUUUAAUGACCGGUAGAAUCACAGAUUCUCAGAUGAUAAAAGACUCAGAGGUACUGGUGCCACAACGGAAGUUUUCAGAGGCAGAUCAUUCUUCAGACAAACCAUUCAACAAUGUACUUGACAAAGGAUUCCGAAACACGCUUGAUGCAAGCACGGAAGGCCAACGUUGCAUGCAACCGAAGUACUAA